AUGAAACGACAUCUCAUAGACCAAUCCAGUCUGGAAUAUAUCAUCAAUCAUGUAUUUUGUCCCCUCAGGUUGCCGCAAGGGAGUGACCAUUCCCUUGAGAAUGGCUUAGCCUUAUCUCAGGCGGUACUGGAUGCUGCUCUCGCCUUCAGCGGCCAGCUCCCGUCCGAUAAGCGGCCCCUUUGGGCGAUCAGCUUGAAAAUGCUUCAGAACCUCCAAGAUUCAAUCAGUUUUAGCACUAUGUCUACAAAGGAAGUAGAACAUCAGAUCAGCGCUAUGGACAACAAUGAUGUCCUUGUAUACAUGAUUCGCGAACAAAACGCUGCGGUGGUUAUGAGAAAACUCGAAUCCGAAACCAUAUUUGAAUCUUUCGAGAUCUCUCCCGAUGCCACCGCAGUGAUGGGCGCAAAGGGAAAGCUCAUUUGUUCGUAUCCUGGACCUGCUAUCACAGUCCCGGAUACGAACAUCGACGAUGCUACCUUUCACGCCGAGCUGGCAAAUUUUCUCGUUCACAUGGAUCAAGAUGUCCUCGAUGCGGCGGCAACGACGACAAAAGCUGGGUCCACUGUUACUGAAAAGAGAAAUACAACUCAUCCUCGAUACAUCACGGAACUCUUGACCGGUAUACUGCGUGGCCUCGGGAGCAUUGCUGAUGUUCCUCGCAUCCGCAAGCGCAUCGGAGAUGAUGUGCUAUGGGACAGCGUAAAAUUGCCGUGGAGGCGCUCGCCCCUCUGGCUUGUCAUUCGCGUUGCCUUACAGACGACUUUAGAGCGCUGUGCUCUCGGACGAACGACGUACAAAUCAUUCAUGCUAUUCUUUAUGGCAAGGUUCACGACCCUUGCCCUCAACCGUGACUUGUCGAAUGACAUCCUACACUUCAUGUCCGCAAAGAUUGCACGCCGUCUUUUCAAACUUGGAUCCUCUGCUUCUCCGGAGCUAUCGCAGAUGGUCAGUACGGCCACCAGGGACGUGAGGAGUAUCCUAGAGGGAAGAUGGGAAUCUGUUCAAGACACUCAACGGGUCUCGCCUCAUUGGGCUCCCAAGACCCUCCGAGUGCUGCAAGAUACCCAUCUUUCCUUAAACACCAGCCGAGAGUACAUACGCCAAGCUUUGCAGAAUCAGCAUUCGUCUCCGCAACCAGCCUCAUUCAACCCCAGCCACCGCACGCGCGGGACGAUCAAUGAUUUCCUUGACGAUGAUGCUAGCUUCCUCGUAGCUGCCCAUGCUGCAGAACCAUCCAUUUCCCUCACAGACUUCGAGACGGUCGUUAGAUCAGGGAUCGACGACUGGGUAGCACGUGUUUCAUUUCAGAGCAUCGAUUCCACAUGCGUCUCAAUUGAGGCGUGCGCUUCCGCGUACUCCUCGAGAGGGCUGAAGGCUUACGAGGGAAACCCGGAGAAUUUAUCCAUCAUGCUCAUUACUCUUUUCGAGCUCUGGGUAGCCAUGGACAAGAUCGUUAUCCGACAAAUCCCCCUCCUAGCAGAAUAUCCCCCCGAGAUCCCAGUGACCCUUUUGGAGCCACUGCUAACUCGCAAAUCCUCAGCCCUUGAUCGUUUAAAGCAGUUGCACGCCUACCUGAAAGCUCGCUAUCGCCAGGCUUCUAGUCAUCUGUCGGCGUUCUCGUCUACUGACGAUGACAAGUCAUUCGCAGCGCAGUAUUUUUGCCGGUCACCCAAGCUGCAGAGUUUGAAGCUUACCAUCGAGGCGGAUGCCCGUAAAGAGCGGAAGGAGAAGUUGACUGAGCUUCGCAGCCUCAACAAGAGGUACGCUUGCCUAAAGGAGGAAGCAGCAAGCUUAUCACACGAAUACGGCGUCAGCUCCCGCGGCAGGAAUUACCAUGCACGGUCCUGUUCAAAGUGUCGCCUGGAGAAUGAGAUGCGAUCUAUGACGAUUACAGUUCACGAGUGGCCUCUGCCAAAGCGUGAACAGGAGGCGAUCGUGGUCGUGUUUGAGCUGGCAUGCCCCACCGCGUUCGACAUGUGGAGAUCUAUGACGCUCCAUGUCCUCGUCGACGUUUGCACUCCAGAACAGAUUUCGCCCACUGAUCCCUUCACGACACUGCCUAGCUAUGAUGCCUUGCAACGCUACCGCCCAUGUGAUGCAGGGCAAAGGCUGACUUUGGCAUCCGAUGCCAAACCCUUCACCAAGUGCCAUUACAGCAACACUCACAUUCCCACGGUGGACGACAGGGUCUGUGUGAACAACGGACUCAAGUUUCGGUCCUUCGAUACAACCACAGAUGCAUGGGUGGCCGAUGUACUGCACCUACGCUUCAAUUCUAGCAAGCUGUGCACUUUCCUUCUUCCCAAGGGACCAUAUGAUGGUUUGCAGCAGUACCUUGCAGGAACGUCCCACACGUCCAACAAGGUCAUAGCCAAUCAGGCAGAUUGUCACAAGGACAUCACCAUCCACGAAUUCAUCGCCUUCGGGAUCUUGCGGAGUGGACCGGAAUUGCAAUGGAUUAAUGUGCUACGCGAACUCCGCGCGAGGACCGUCAAUUUUCGACGUGAAGAAGUUCAUCUAUUGCUAGCGCAGGCUGUUUCACAGGUUGGCCCACGUUCGUCCGAUGACCGCCUUGUUUGGCACAAGGAACUAAACAGCGUGCCCUUCAUUGAUGCACUACUUGGAGAGCUGGAGUGUUUGAUGGCAAGCGUCGAAGGAAAUUGGUUGGAAGGUGUCACGAUCAGCACUAUCAUCAUGCUUGUGUCUCGCGUCUUGUCCUCGACUCAGGAAGAGAGUAUCAAAAGUCGGGGAUAUUCGUUCCUCCGAAGGAUACGUACCGCAACCCUUAUGUUGCUGAGGCAGCUUUCAGCAAAAAUGCAAGCCAGCAAGGACGAGUCAGUCAGUCGGGAAUUACAAGGACGUGUUCGUGACAUGGCAGUCACAUGUCGGAGUACCUUUGACGUUGACGUUGAUGCUUCGCUGCUCCUCACGUCAAACGGCGACAUGCAGGUAUUUGCAUAUUGUGCGGUCAUGAUUUACGACAACACUCCAGGCCAACUGGGCGAUCUCCCACAACAUUCCAAGCUCAUACUAGAGCGAGACAGGAGAUGCUGUCACGCUUUAGAAGCCGCUGUGCGCCAAUAUGCAGAGCUGCACAGGGAUGGUCUUGAUCGUGCGAUUGCAGAGAUUUGGGACAGCUACAGACCAGGAACUCCUUGGAGGGCACUGCCAGCUCCGAAUUUUCGUUGGCUUUUGACGCAGACUGCGCCUUCGUGUUCUCAAUCACCACAAGAUGUGCACUUCAAUUUGGUUAGUGGGUGCUUGCUUGUCAACGGGAAGCAGCUGGGCAGGCUCCCGUCAAUGAUCGUGCAACAUCCUACCUACCAAUCGAUCUUCGGUAGUCAAAUUCUGGACAUCGUUCCAGCUGAUAUACCUGGAAUGGAGUAUGCGACACGCGGGAAGGUCUGCGACCAUCAAGUGUCUUUCGCUCUCUGCGCCUCGAACGAUCUCAUCAUCCGCGCAAAGCAUCAUGAGCAACACUCGCCUAUCCUUCAACUCAUUCCAAGCCACAGAUUUGUGGAUGACCUACCAAUGACCUUGAUCGAAGGUCACACUCAUUGGCUCAACCUGAGCACGAGCGAAAUCGAGAUUCGGCCAGUAGAAAAUGCGUGGAAGUCCUCACCUGAAAAUUGGCUCCUGCAAUUUGUUGUCUCGGGUCCCUCGACACUGCAGAAUGCUGGCAGUGCCACUCUUCUUGACAUACGCAGCCAAACGUGGGACAUGAUCUCCAAGAGGAUGCAUCCUCUAGAGGACGCCCGUUACAUCAUGGUCACAUAUAACAAAGAAUCGAGCAGCUCUUACUCAUUGAAGGUUGAUUUACCUCGCUAUGGUCUCAAAUUCUUCAUCGAUGAGGAAGGGGAACUGCAGUCCCGCAACAUGCGCAACAUGAUCGUUGAUGCCAUUCAAUCUACUGGAGCGAUGUUGGGAUUGGUCAAUCAACUCAUUUUGCGUCCGAAGUCGCAAAUCGCAGAUGAGCUUCCGCGCACCGUCAUCAUCCCAGAUGGUCGUAUCUCGUACUCUUCCGAUGGUCAUCACGUCCAGGUUAACAUCGCUCCUACAGGCACCCGGGUGACAUACUACGUGUACAGGGUUGAUAGGGAUUUAUGUUGUCUCACUGGGAAUAUGGGUCUGACGGGCAAGCUUUAUCAGGCACUCCUCCACGCCGUUACCAGCGGCUGUCUUCCUGAUCCCCUGACGGGUCGAACGGGGACAGAGGAGGCGUUGCAUCUCUUGCAUUCUGCAGUUUGCCGGUCUUUUAUGAAGCUUCGCUCUCGUGAUACAGAUCUUUUGCGCGAGAUUAAUUCGCUGUCAACCAAGCGCGUCUGGUAUCCUACUCAUCUUCGGAAGAUGCAGACAGUGUCAUGGUCGUGCCUUGAUCCCCUCGCGCAGCACCAUGGUUUUCAUUCAGCCGCGAAAUCGAUCAUGGACUACGGCAGGCAGCUUUCAUGUUUCUCAGAAGGGCCUCCAGACCUUCAUCUUACCCUUGAUCUCCCGUCACCCACUGAUCACCUCCUUGAGCGCGCAUCCAUUCGUGCCUCAGCAGUCUAUCCAGACCAGUUCUCUCUUCCACUUGCACUCGGUGACACAGAUGUCAUCUAUGCUUCGCGCGAUGUACCGGAUAAACAUGAAGAAGAAAGGGCAUUUCACACCGCCUUCAUGGUAUAUCAGUGGCCAAGCAAGCUUCCAGUGGAACGGGAUCUCCUUAGUUUGUUGAUUCAAUGGAAAGAUGUCCGGGGCAUCAGUGACUCGCUCAACUUGCAAUACUCCAAAAACUGGCUUCAACCGAAUUUUUCUAAAAUCUUCCUUUCUGCGUACGACCACUUUCGUAGCGCAACGAAGAAAGACAUGUUUCAGCUGGUUUUCACCCUAGCUUCGGUAUCAUAUACCUCCUUGAACGACCAUGCGCUCGUCCCGACACUCCUAGCCUUCGCCACAGUUCCCAAAAUUCGCAGCUUGGGUGACCCACCGGAAUUCACCUCCUAUACUUUCUCGGAUGGAUUCAUACCGUCCGAUGCGAUAUUGAACAACAUCAUCAGUUCGUGUACCAAGGAUUAUGAAAGAAGUCAGGAGAGACACCUAGGUGCAAGGCUCCGGGAAGAUGAACAGGCUUUGGGAAGGCGUCGUUAUUCAGCUUUCGAAGACAAGUGUCGCUCCGAAAAGCGACUCAUUCUCAGCAAAAUUCGGGACGCUUGGCCAUGCGAAGAUCCUUCGGCGCUCAAUAUGCUGCAAGUGACCUGCUACAAUCUCAACGAACUGUCUGCAACACUUCGCCCAGUGUUUCGCAGCUGUUGGCAAAACCGUCGUUUGAAGCAGCACCUGGAUGUCCUGCAGGAAACCCUCAAUCAGGUCUACACGCCCAAUCCUCCGUCGAAACUACCCUCACAAUAUGAUCUUGAUUCCUGCCCUGAAGACUCGAAUAUUGCUUCACCGGCCUCAUCUGUCGAUGCCCAGUACCUUUUCGAUAGAGAUCCGCCAGCGAUACAGAUGUGCGAGUCUACGCAAAUUCUACCCAAUUUUCAUCGGACAGAUUUGGUAUCUCCCGACUCCGGAGUCACAGCGAGGUUGCAACAGCUGGUCAACACCUUUCAUGACAGAGGGAGUAACAAAUUCCGCCGUAACUACGCUAAUGAUCUGGACCAGAGCAGGUCGAUUUUCUGUGAAGAAAAGCUUGUUGCCCCACCAGAUUCUUCGCCAGACACGACGGAAUCGCUGCUUGAGUAUCAUUCUCUCCAUAGCCAGAAGUUCCGAGAUUCACUCGCGACAAUCGUACAUGCACUUUCUCCUGUUUCUGCUGCCGAGCACGCAUUAUACAACGCUGGGUUGUGGCCCCGAAUUACUCCAAACUUCCUCUUCAUUCGCAUGUCAUCUAUUUCAGGAAAUUGUUUGGGGAAGGCUUGGCGUACGGCCCUCAUCCGCCUGUCACAGGUGCUUCUCCAACUGCAGCGCUCACGAAGAUUGAUGGUCAUUGCCGCAAAGAAAAACUGGAUCGAGUUCUUCAAGGAACUAGAGAAUGAAGAACGCAACGGAUUCGAUCCGGAUCUGCACCCUGACUGGCUUUUAAUACAGAUUGAAAGUCAGUUCUUGGCGCGACCUGUCCAGGUGAACGUUGCGAUGGAGAUGAUGUCGCCGAGCACAGGGGGAAAUACUUCUCUCCAGCUGAACAUGGGCGAAGGGAAAUCCUACGUCAUUGUCCCCCUCGCAGCAGCCGCUCUUUCUGAUGGCCAUAAAUUGGUUCGAGUCAUUGUGCUGAAGUCGUUGUCGGCUCAGAUGUUCCAGCUCCUGGUUGAACGACUGAGCGGCCUUGCACAGAGGCGCAUUUUCUAUAUUCCAUUCUCCAGAGCGCUCUCUAUCGACGCAUCCAAGGUGCAAAUGUAUCGUGACCUGAUGCAGGAAUGCAUGGACACCAGGGGGAUUUUGGUCGUGCAACCGGACCAUAUUCUGUCGUUCCAGCUGAUGGCUGUUGACCGUCAGCUGCCCCUUCGAACCGAAGCUGCUGAAGAGAUGCUGCAGGCUCAGCUGUGGCUCGACAAUCAUACGCGCGACAUCCUGGACGAAAGCGAUGAAAUUCUGCACGUCCGCUACCAGCUGGUGUACACCGUCGGUCUUCAACGGUCGCUUCAAGGGUAUCCCGAAAGGUGGACGACUACACAACAAGUUCUGACUCUUGUCGCGAAGCACGCUGCCCGACUCCUAAGCGAAUUUCCCUCUCACUCGGAAGUGUCCAUUCACAAGCACGCAGCGUUCCCCUUCAUUCGAGUUCUGCACCCCACAGCAGGUGAAAAAUUGGUCCAAUGGAUCUCACAGGAUGUCAUUAGUGGCGCACUUGAAAACAUCAGCUUCGACCAGGCAUCUCUCCAAAUGAAACAAGCUGUCCGCCAGUUCAUCGCAACCGAGAAUAUAUCCAACACUUGUAUCAGCUUAGUGGAGGAUCGCUAUAGACGCACCGCAGUCUGGCCCGGCCUUCUAGUCCUACGUGGACUACUGGCUUGUGGUAUCUUGGUGUACGCCCUCAAAGAACGUCGCUGGCGAGUGGACUAUGGCCUUGCGCCAAAGCGGACGAUGCUAGCCGUUCCGUUCCGCGCUAAAGACAUGCCCUCGCUGCGGGCAGAGUUUGGUCAUCCAGACGUUGCUGUCACCCUCACCUGCCUGUCAUACUACUAUGCGGGUCUCACGCUCCAGCAGCUGAUGGUAUGCUUCGAGCUUCUGCUGAAGCAAGAUAAUCCUGCCCUUGAGUACGAAUCCUGGGUGUUUGGACUUCAGUCCGUUCCAGAUCAUCUACGACGCCUUAGCGGUAUCAACACAGAAUCCGCGGAGCAGCUCCCUGACCUUCAGCAACUGUUCUCAUUCAACAAGAAAGUCGUGGAUUUCUACCUAUCUCGGGCAGUUUUUCCCAAGGAAGCCAAGGGAUUCCCCAGUAAGCUCACCUGCUCUGGGUGGGAUCUCGCUCAAGAGAAGUCGCAUCUCACAACCGGCUUUUCUGGUACGAACGACAAUCGCUAUCUGCUACCUAGCUCGAUGGUGCAGCACGACCUUGAUGAUCAACGGGGCACGAAUGCCCGAGUCCUAGCAUUUCUUCUGCGUCCAGAAAAUGAUUGCUACAGAUGCUUACCGCCCGGUCAAAAUGUGUAUGACUUCAUUGAUGCCCUAGUCGCAGAGACUCCAGAGGUCCGCGUGCUCCUGGACGUGGGUGCGCAGAUGCUAGAAUUGAAGAAUCAGGAGUUGGCUGAAGCAUGGCUUAGAGCCAAGCGUGAAGCCAAAGCGGCAGUAUUCCUCAAUGACGACGAUGAACUCGUCGUCGUCAGUCAGGAUGGGACAGUCGAGCCCCUUGUAUCGUCCCCCUUUGCCCAGCAGCUUGACCAAUGCGUGGUAUAUCUCGACGACGCCCACACUAGGGGAACAGAUGUCAAAUUGCCUUCCGGUUUCCGAGCUGCUGUCACGCUUGGCCCCAAAGUCACGAAGGACCGCCUGACGCAAGGAUGCAUGCGAAUGCGGAAGCUGGGCAAUGGGCACUCAGUUAUGUUCUUCGCUCCGACUGAAGUCGACCGGAGCAUUCGUUCGGCGACUCAGAAAGCUGAUACCGACGGCGUCGAUGUGGCAGACAUCUUGCACUGGGCGAUGCUCGAAACCUGUCUCGAUAUUGAGAUGCGUGCAUCCCACUGGCUUCAACAAGGAUCGGAGUUCAAUGCACGGCAUUCCGCAUGGGCUCAAUUCUCACGUACCCCCACUUUGAUCGACACCCUGAAGACCGCCUGGUUGCAGCCAGAGGAACGUUCGUUAGAGGAUAUGUAUGCACCAGGAAGUUCUUCACAGGUAUCCCAGGUUUGCGAUCCAGACAUGCAAAGGAAAUGCGAUGAACUCGGAAUCAUAUCGUCAUCGGCAAGAAGCAUGGAUGAGGAACAAGAAAGGGAGGUAUUUCACGAAGUAGAGAGAGAGCGUCGGGUGGAACGACCGCCCAGGGUCGAACCCGCAGCCCAUGCUUUGUGCCCAGACGUCCGUCGAUUCGUCGAGACCGGCCGAAUUCCCGCAGGGUCCUCUGCGUUCAUUCAAGUGCUAUCCAGCCUUGUCAACACCACUGCUGCAUUUCAUGAGGGCGAUCAGUGGGCACAAGAUGUUUUAGUCACCCAUGACUUCGCUCGUACAGUGAAAAUUCCCCCUGCUCAAAAGGUGGAUGAUUAUCUGCGACCCGUCAAUUGGGUUAUAUCAAGUGGCGUUGGACGCUCCCGAGUGCUGGUGGUCGUGAGCCCGUACGAAGCAAACAUACUGCUACCUGAUAUCCGCAGAAGCCAUGUAGUUCACAUGUGCAUCUAUACUCCUCGCACCACAAAAACGAUGCAGCCAUGCGACGACCUUCGACUUUACUGUGUUCCUUCAACGCCACCGUUGACACCAUCAGAACCACUGAUUUGCCAGCUCAACCUUUUUGCGGGCCAACUCUAUUUCUCCAAUUACGACAUGUAUCUCCGCACUUGCAACUUCUUAGGACUCAACGCGCCGGAUUUGGGGGACGAGGACUUGAUAGCUGAUAGCGACGGGUUCAUCAGCGAGGAGAAUCGCCCCGCUGCGAGAGCAUCGUGCUCGUUCAAGCGAUCGCAGCUUUCUGCACUGAAGGAGUUGUUCGCGAUGCGAAGGAAAGGCAUGGGGUAUCUGCCAACUCACCUCGGGAAGAUGCUCAACGGCCGCAUUUUGACUGAGGAGGAUUUUCUUUCUCGACUGAGUGCCAGGUCUCUUUAG